AUGCGUUACUCUGCCAUCACCCUCGUUGCCCUUACGGCGACAUCGUCUUCAGCCUUCUCCCUAUGGCCUCGCCAAAGCUCUAGCUGUCCUUCCGUCUGGUCUGAUGUCGCCACCGAGCUUCAAGCCGACUUUGCUGGCUGUGGCGCGGAUGCUCACCAAGCACUCCGUGCUCCCUUCCACGACUGCAUCAACAAUGGCUGUGACGGCAGUCUCGUUCUCACAGACGAGUGUGGAAGAUCAGAGAAUGCCGGUCUUUCCGCUAUCUGCACGAAGCUCAAGGACUGGAGCGACAAGUACCAGGUCAGCGCAGCAGACAUGAUCCAAUUCGCCGGCGCACAAGCAAUCGCAGCGUGCCCGCUCGGCCCCAGAGUGCAAGCACUAGUUGGCCGUAAGGACAGCUCAAACGCCGCGCCUGUCGGAAGUGUACCCAGCAGCCGUGGUACUCUCGAAAGCAUCUUGGGAGCCUUUGCUGCGAAGGGCUUCUCGUCCGACGAUGUCGUUGCCCUCAUGGGUGCACACAGUGUAGCAGUCCAGUUCCACGACGACCCAUCGCAAGCCGGAAAGGGUCUUGACUCGACACCUUUCAGAUACGAUAACACCUUCUACCAAGAGACCAAGGACCGCAAGGCCCCAUACAGUCUCCAGAGCGAUCUACUCAUGUCAAACUCUUCACAGACAGCCAGCACAUGGUCUAACUUCGCCGAAGACGCGAACAGCUGGUCUACCGCUUUCACUAGUGCAUGGGACCGAUUUGCUGUUAUUGGAAGCGACGCCAGCAAGCUCCAAGAUUGCUCGAGCCUGGUCCCUAAUGGCUUUGUGACCACGAAGAGGCAGGCGUUCAACAUGGCGUUCACCAAGAAGAUGAGCGCAAAGUUCAGGUUGUAG